AUGUUCCAAUUUACUAUUUUUCUAGUGUUUAUUUUACAAUACAAAUUUACAUCGACAUUUGAUGAUACAAGUGAUACUGUCGUAUCUCUCAAUAUCGAAGAUAAUGUGAUAACUGGAAAAUUCUUAUCAUUUUCUAAAGUGAAUAUCCGCCUUUCGAGACAAUUAAAUAUUGAUUUAUCACCUUCACGAAUUAUAUCCUCUCUACAAUAUGAACGGCUAAUUGAAGAAUCUCGACUGAACCAGCAUUCCUAUUAUACAUUAAAAAUUCAUUUUAAACGUCGUUCUACACAAGACUAUGUGAUGACAUCAAUGCCAAUGUGUCUUAUUUUACACGCACAUUUUCAGUAUCCUAUCAAUUUAUUUGUUAACGAAAACGGUUAUAUUGUCAGUGUAAAUAUUUUAACAAAUAAUUCACAGUGUAAUCUAUCGAAUAUAACUAUAAGCGAACGACAAAAUGAUUUCGUCUAUAAAGUUUCAUUGCGUUUACACUUUAACGAACUUGGGCCACAGCCUGACAUUCAACAUUUUCUUGAAAAACUUAAACAUGAAAGAAAUGAAAAAAUGAAUACACAAGAGAAUGAUAACCGACCAUUUCUAUUCAAAUACUGGAAAUAUAUAUUACCAGUUGUCGUGAUUUUUGUUCUUCAAAGUGCUUUUACAGAUCCUGGAGCGGGUGGUCGUUGA